UGCUGGAUUAUCUCUCUUAUCGGGUGCAUUUUUUUAAAGGAGGCUGCAGAAGUGGACCUUCCCAAAAACUGGGAAGGGCUAAAGAGUCUCUCUGGAUCCCUUAUCUUAUUACAUUAACUUGGACGGGAGAAUUACGGCACACAGGGUUUACCUGCAGAAGCAGAAGAUGGUUUUUCUAACAACAAAAAUGAUGGAAAAAACGGCACUGUUUCUGUCGUUUGGGAGCUAUGUCACUUCUCUGGUCACUGCUUUUUUACCCCUGUGGAAAACGAUGAACUCUGAUCUCAACGAGGUGGAGAACUGGUUUUCAGGGCUUUGGCUCACCUGCCUCUACACGGAAGAGAAGGGGAUUCAGUGCAAGGCCUAUGAUUCUCUGCUGGGCCUGCCGGUGGAUCUUCAGAUCUCCAGAGUCCUCGUCUUGAUAUCUAUUGGAAUUGGAGGAUUUGCCCUGUUGACCGGCUUUCUAGGUCUGGAGGGGGUUGGCAUGGGUGUGAAGAAGCCAGAAGUAAAAAGACGGCUCUUCAUCUUCAGCGGAGUGAUGACCUGGGUGUCGGGUCUCACCACUCUGGCUCCUGUUUCCAUAGUGGCGUACACAACGGUGGUGGACUUUUGGGAUGAAGGUUUUCCUGACGUGAUGCCUCGGUGGGAGUAUGGCGAGGCAAUGUUCUCUGGAUGGUUUGGGGGUCUGGGCCAAGUCAUCGGAGGAACUCUGUUCUUUGUGGCUGUGUGCAUGGGGGACUAUGACCUGCAAAGACUGAAUGUUCCUGUCAGUGCAGAGCUGAAGCCCAGGACAAGGCACUACCUGAAGACAGAGGUUCUUUAGCUGUCUGUGUUAUAUCCAGAUUCAAUUGGA